AUGCGGACAAUGUUGUUUUUGAGGCUGAUUAUUUUAACAAGGGUGGCAAUUGCCUCAUUAUAUGCUCCUGUGAACGUCGACUGCCCCAAAGACCUCAGUUUAAGAGCUGCUAAAUUUCCACGAAUUGCUGUUGCCAUUUCUGGUGGUGGGUUUCGUUCUAUGCUCAUCAGUUCAGGGUUCGUUUUAGGUAUGCAGCAACACGGACUCUGGGAAUGCACUAGCUAUGUAGCAGGAAUUUCUGGAGGUAGUUGGACUUUACUCAAGCUAGUUUUGGCGGAAUUCAACGUUGACACUUUAACCAAAUUCGAUAUUGAAAGGCUAAUGUUGGAAGGUAUCCCCAAUUUUGAUGUAAAGAAUCAUGAUAUGAUCAGGCAAAAAGAUUAUAGUGACGAUGCCAAGAAAUUUGCCAUGGAUGAAGAGUUUCUUAAAGAAUUACGCCAACAGUCCAUAAAUCUCAACAAGAGAGAUGUGACUAUAGAGUAUGAACCUAAUUAUUAUCAUUUCUUGGAUGAAGUAUCUGAUGCUUUACUUUUCGAAGGAGAUCUCGGGACUGGGUUGCCUGUUUUCAACAAGCGCUCUUUAGAUCCUCUCUACAAAAUAAAAGGUCUCGUUGAAGACUUUUUCCACCAAGAGGAAAACGAUCAGGAUAAGGAAUUAGAGGUUAUAAACGAAUUAAUGGAUUCUUUUGGUAAGUUUCGGAAAAUUAUUGGCUUCUAUAUAAACUUACACAGACAAGUUCGGCAAAAGAAAGAGGCGGGUUUCCCAAUUUCUCUUACGGAUUAUCUUGGACAAGCGUUAUUAGAUAGGCUUCCUGCGCAGAAACAGGAUCAUCUCAAGCAGUUAUCCAAUUUCGUGCAAUCAGAAAGUUUUAAAAAAUUUGACGCUCCUAUCCCAGUAUUCGUCGCCAAUGCAAAGACAUCAAAGGGACCUGAGUUGCACAAUGUAGUAUUCGAGUUUACUCCCUUUGAGUUUGGAUCAUGGCAUUUGAACGUUUCCAAAUUUAUAUCAACAAAAUAUCUAGGAUCUACUGCAUUAAAAGGAAAAUUGACCAAAUGUGUCAACGGAUUUGAUAAUUUAGGAUUCAUCACAGCAACAUCAUCGUCUCUUUUUAACAAUGCUUUGUUCUAUAUUUGGAAAACGGUAACAACAAACAUAGAAUCCAACGAGAAGUUAAAGGCAAUAAAAACCAUCUUUGGUGUAUUUGGUGUUGGAUUUAAUGCCAUUCGAUCUGAUUACGCAAUAUACCAACCAAACCCUUUUUAUAAAGAUCCAGAAGUUCUGAAUUUGAUAAGUGACACAUCUCAGCUAUUUCUAGUAGAUGGUGGAGAAGAUGGUGAAAAUAUACCGCUCAGAUCUUUAUUUAUCAGCGGAAGACAGAAUGAUGUUAUAUUUAUUGUUGAUUCAAGUUCAGACAAAGAGAACCUACCUGAUAUGACAAAGCUUCGAGAUACAUACGAUGAUAUAAUCCAUGUGGAAGAACAAAAAAGGAUUGUCGCACUUAAGAAUGAGAUUUGGGAAAUGGAUCUCAUGCCUUAUAUCCCAACCUCAGAGGAACUGCUGGCGGCAAACUUUAGUUUAUCGACGCCGAUUGCGUUUGGUUGUCAUUUACAAAGCUACAAUACAAAGAGGUUAACGGAUACAUUAAUUACUAAAGAAACUAGUAGUGCCAGCUUACCACCUAUUCUAAUAUACCAUGGGAACAUACCAAUUACAUUUCAGUCGAAUACUUCCACCUUUAAAUUGAACUAUACGAAAGAUGAAUAUAACGGAAUGCUAAAUAACGGUCAUCAUUUAUUCAACAACGAUGAUACUCAGGGAGAAUAUUUACAAUGCCUUGGCUGCGUCAUGCUUUUAAGGCAAAACCAAGAGCUCGUGUCAUCAUUUUGUGACGCAUGCAUAAGAAAGGUAUGCUAUAACUGA